AUGAAGCCAAUUGGAAAAGUGCUUUGUGCUACGGGGAUCGUAGCUGGGCUCGUAGCUUUCUUCUGGAAAGACCCUUUUAACCCAGAGAGUUUGUCUGGUGCCCGCGUUCUCCUGACUGGAGCCAGUGCUGGGAUUGGAGAGCAGAUGGCAUACCGUUAUGCCAGAUUUGGUGCUGAAAUUGUUUUGACUGCUAGGAGGGAAGCUGUGCUGCAGAAGGUGAUAGAGAAAUGCCUGACACUCGGAGCAAAGAAAAUAUUUUAUAUACCUGCAGAUAUGUGUUCCCCUUCAGAGCCUGAAAGGGUGGUUCAGUUUGCUGUCCAAAAGUUGG